AUGUCUCUCUGCCUCUCUCUUGUGUCUCUCUCUCUCUCUGUCUCUGUCUGUCUAAUUUCUUUCUUUCUUCUUCUGAUCGUUUUUCUUCUUCUCUUUUGUUUACCAUUCCACUUUCUUUAUUUAAUUUUUAUUUUAUUCUUCAUUCCUGAAUUUUUUCUCCUCUUGCUUUUCUUUUCUCAAAUUUCUUUUUCUUCCUUUCCUUUAGUUGCAGCUAUAUAUGUCCGUUGCCCUACGAGAUUGAUCUAUCUAUAUUUAUUAAUCUUAUUCACAAUCUGCUCAUUAUCUAUCUCUGACCAUGUUUAUCUGUCUAUCUAUCUAUCUAUCUAUCUAUCUAUCUAUCUCUGUUCAUCUUUCUAUGUAACUUCAUAUUAUGUAACUAUUUAUCUAUCUAUAUCUAUCUAUCUAUCUAUCUAUCUAUCUAUCUAUUUCUCGCCCACCAUAAUCCUAUUCAUAUCUAUCAAUCCUAUUCAUAUCUAUCUAUUUAAUCCUAUUUAUAUCUAUCUAUCUAUCUAUCUAUCUAUCUAUCUAUCUAUAUCUAUCUAUCUAUUAUCUAAUCCUAUUCAUAUCUAUUUAAUCCUAUUCAUAUCUAUCUAUCUAUCUAUGUAUCUAUUUAAUCCUAUUUAUAUCUAUCUAUCUAUCUAUCUAUCUAUCUAUCUAUCUAUCUAUCUAUCUAAUCCUAUUCAUAUCUAUUUUAAUCCUAUUCAUAUCUAUCUAUCUAUUUAA